CAUUAGAAGCAGUCAUUCACAAGGUCCGAGUUCCGUUUCGACCGAAGCAAGAUCUGGGGAAAAACCUUGCUGAAGAAAUUGAGGUGAGCAUUUGGUCCCUUGUUGGAAAAGAAUUAACAUUAUUUUAUAGAUAGCCGAUAAAUACUGAUGCAUCGUUUUCCUCGUCCUCUUUUUGAACUUUCAUAGUCAUACAAGAGGAAAAUCUGGGAGUGCAUUGACCCAGAAGAACGUAAACAAUAUUUUGAUAAAAAGCAAAAGAAAACCACUGAAACCGAUAUCAAAAUUGAACACGAUAAAGAGAAUUCAAAUGACGCGACUAGUUUUGUUUGUUCGAAGCCAGUAGAAGCAGUGAGGGUGGUCAAAAAGCCACGGGAGGUUAAGAAUCAAACUUCUGCAACCGAGGUCCCUCAUACGGAACCUGUUAAAGAAAAGACUCAGCCCUCUCUUACACGUACAGAUAUUGAACUGAAAGUAUUCGUGUUUAAGGUUGCUCAACUCAAAAAAGAGCUGAAGAGACGAGGCAAAGAUACAGCAGGUUUGAAGAAAGAUUUAAGAGCUCGAUUGAUAGAUGCUAUGCUUGAAGAAGCUCAAGAACAACAAACACAAACAAUCCCAGUGCCUAACAAAAAAAUUACCGCUUCAGUUCCGGAGACUAUUGAGGAAUUGAAGGAUGAUGUCAAUGAAACUUCCAUCAGUAUGGAGGUUUCAAAGGUUACUGAAGGUGAAAAUGAAGCCGUUACGAAAAAAUCUUCACCACCACCAUCGCCACAACCAAAGCAAGACGAAAAGAAAAAGCUCGCCGUUUCGAAGGAGGCUAAAUGCGAGAAGGAAAGUGACAAGACUGUAAAGGAAACAAAGCAAAAAAGAUUGCCGUCCAUUGAAGAUCAAAAGAUUGAGUCAUCUUCUUCGAAUCAAGUGGAAAAUAAAAAUUCGACCAAUCCUAUGAAGGAAACAAAGCAACGGCCAGAAGAAGCAAAAAUCAAUCCUUCGACUGUGAAAGAUUCGUCCGAAAAGAAUCAUGAAGCAUGCCGGAACGUAGCAAACCCUUUCCCUGAUGAAUCGUUGAAAAAAACAGAUAUCUCCUUAGCUCCAAUCAACGAAAUGGUAGCCAACUCAUCAAAUGGACAAGAUAAGUGUCUGUCAUUAAAUAGUAAUGAGAAGAAGCCCGAAUUAUUGACCGAAACGAAGAUGAAAGACUCCUCUGAAAGUCAGAAAGAACUUGAUGUGAAAGAGAUGCCAGCUCCAAUACCUGAAGUAAGCAUAUCUUCAAAAGUUUCAGGUACGAGUGUGAAGGACAUGGUUUCAAAAUUUUCUGGAUUUUCGACAAACCCUUCCAGCAACAACGGAUCUGCACUGUCAAAGGGAUUGCAGGCAAAGAAAGAAGCGAGACAAGCAAAAAUUGCUGAAAUGCGUGCAAAGGUAAGUUCGGCAUCUUUUUUAAAAGUUUAUCUGGAGUAUGGAAUUUUUUGUUCACAACUAAAAUUACUACAUUAUUUUCAUUUGUUUAGGCACAGAGCAAGCCAGUGACAUCAACGAAAGUGGCACUGAGCUCUAAGGAAUACACAAGCACGUUGUCUUCGUUGAAUGCUACUGCCUCUACGGGAAGUGCAACCAAGAAGAAUCUCGCAACGCAGAUGAGAGAGAAGGCAGCUGCUCGCGCAUUCCAAAACAAAAUCACGAAUGCAGCGUCGAAGACAACGACGUCUUCGGUGUCAAAUGCUACCAACAAGCGCCACUUACCUCUGACUAAUAAUUCUAAUCAUUCAAACACUUGCGUGUCAGACCCUCUUGCAACGACUUUGAAGCAAGCCCCAUUAAUUAAAAAACCACCAAAAGUGGUCAUGUCGCCAAUGGAUACAUACGAAAUGUCUGAUAGAGAGGAUAGUGACACGGACGAUAGCGAUAGCGAUUCAGAUAAUGAGCGGAUGAACAAGAAGAUUCCAACUUGGGCCCAACGAUCAAAUUUAUAUUCAGCUCUUGAAGAGCAAUACAACGGACGCAUAGGCGGUAAAAAGAUUGAUCCGGAUGAGAUCUUCCCUGAGGUGCAUAGCUGUGAUCUAGAGGCUAUUUUUGGGCGCAGGAAAUCCAAAAACUACAGAAGUCGUGCAAGUUCCGGUAACUGGGCUAAUGAUCAGGUGACAGCUGCGGAGAAACUUGUCUACAAAAGACAAAUGGGUUUUGCCACUGAUCCCGCUAUGGAUUCUACGGGCGUGUAAAAUGCUGUUUAGUUGAUACUCUUGCUUCAAUUAAGCGGCGAUAAAAUAUAAGAGAUUUG